AUGGUCGAAGAAAAUAAAGAAAGUCUGUUUAAACCUGUUGGUGAGACUGCUGAAGAACUACAAGAACCAGCUCAAACUCAGGAUGGUGUUGUAUUAACUGGAGCUGCUGAUGCUAUGGGUCAUCCAGUCCAAGAAAUCGAAUCUUUAUGCAUGAACUGUCACGAAAAUGGUACUACUAGAUUGUUAUUGACUUCUAUUCCUUAUUUUAGGGAGGUUGUCAUCAUGUCUUUCGAAUGUGAGCACUGUGGUUUAAAAAAUUCUGAAAUUCAGCCAGCUUCUUCUAUUCAAGAGAAAGGUUCCAAAUAUAUUUUAAAGAUAGAGGAUAAAGAAGAUUUUAAUAGACAGGUCGUCAAGGCUGAAACAGCCUCAUGUAAAUUUGUCGAAUUAGAUAUUGAAAUUCCACCAAAGAGGGGUGUUUUAACUACUGUUGAAGGUUUGUUGGAAGAAAUGAUUGAUGAUUUAGAAUCUGACCAAGAACAAAGAAAACAAAUUGACGAAAAUCUUUAUAAUCAAAUCAAGGACUUCAUUGAAAAAGUCAAAAGUUAUAUCGACUGCAAAGAAGGAACUUUACCAUUGACAUUUGCAUUAGAUGACCCAGCUGGUAACUCCUGGAUUGAAUACAAGCCUGGCGAAGCACAACAUAAAUGGUCUCAUAGUGAAUAUAUCAGAACUGAUCAACAAAACGUUGAUAUUGGUAUUAUUACAAGAGAUCAACUAGAGGACCGUCGUAAAGAACAAGUUGCUGCUCUAGCGAACCGUGAAAGGAAUAAGUCACAAGCUAGUACUGUCUUGAAAAGUUCUGAAGCUUUCCUUUCUGAUGCUACCGACAUUGAGAACUUUAACAAUGAGGUUCAAACCUUCACAGCAUCAUGUCCUUCAUGUAUGCAAUCUUGUGAUACACAUAUGAAACCUGUCAAUAUUCCUCAUUUCAAAGAGGUUAUCAUCAUGUCUACUGUUUGUGAGCACUGUGGCUACAAAUCUAACGAAGUCAAGACCGGUGGUGCCAUUCCAGCACAAGGUAGAAAAAUUACUUUACUUUGUGACGAUCCAAGUGAUUUGUCUCGUGAUAUCCUAAAGUCCGAAACAUGUUCCUUAGUGGUUCCAGAAUUGCAUUUAGAUAUCCAACAGGGUACUUUAGGUGGUAGAUUCACUACUUUAGAGGGUUUACUAAGACAAGUCUACGAAGAACUGGAAUCUCGUGUCUUCACACAAACAUCAGAUUCAAUGGAUGAAGAAACUAAGCAAAGGUGGGUUACUUUCUUUGCCAAAUUAAAAGAUGCCACCGAUGGUAAAGUAAAAUUCACAGUUAUUAUGGAAGAUCCAUUGGCUGGUUCCUACAUCCAAAAUGUUUAUGCUCCAGAUCCAGAUCCUAACAUGACCAUCGAAGAUUAUGAUAGAACCGAAGAAGAAAACGAAGACCUGGGUCUCAAGGAUAUGGAGGUUAACUAA